AUUUGAUAUUGUAUAUAGCAGAUGUUUGUGAAUAAAUAUUUGAGCUAUUUUUGUACCGUAUAAGAUGCCAUGUGAAAAAGUUUACAUGUAUGCUUAUGAGAUGGGACCUGAAAUUUGGCAUUUGAGUGUUGUGGUUUUCAAAAAAGAAUAUUCAUUUAGCGAUAAAGGUGUCAGAAUAACGGAGCCUGAUACUCCAACAAAGUAUAUAUGUAUGGGUACAACAACAAAAUCCAAAUGUAGGCUUUACAACUUUCUACAAUGCAACCAUAAUGAAUGGAAGAAAACAGAUUACAACGUUUUAACCAAAAAUUGUCAACACUUCACUCAAGUGCUUCUAGAUUUCCUUGGAAUCGAGAAAAGGAUUCCUUCGAAGUAUACUAAUCUACCAGAAACUUGUUGCGAAUUGUUGGGUCCCCAUUAUAAGGAUUUACCAGGGUUAUUUCUUAAAUCCUCUGGUAAUUUAUUGGAUAAUCCAUGACCUAGCAAAACAGUAGGACAAUCCAAACAUAACGAACAGAAUAAACAAUAUACGCAUUAACCAAUCAGAUAACUAAAGAGAGGAAGACAAAUCCACAAUGGUUAUAGUUAAAUAAGACAUUAGCCAAGCUGAAUAAUUAUUAAUUUUCAGUUCAAUAUCUUGAUUGACCAAUAAUUUUAGAAGUUAUUAUAGCAUAGCUGUAACUUAUUGUAUAACAUGUGUAUUGUUAUUUCCAAAAAUUAAUAAAUAAAUAUUAAGUUAA